GACAAUGGUCACGCGAUGAGAGUAGAUGUCGACCAAGCGGUUGCGUCCGUGACGUUGGCGGGGAGUCUUCUUUCCUGCCUGGCGACGACUUGUGUUCUCAUCUCAUUUUCGAUAUAUCGUCGCCAAUUGCGCAGCUUCCGCCAUAUCCUCGUCCUGAACCUCACAGUGGCUGAAUUCAUCAAUGCGCUCAAUAACUCCGUCUCGGGUGCUAUUUUCAUCAGGGUCGGCGAGCUGCAGCCAGGCGCCGCAUGUGUAGUCAAUGGGCUGGUCGGGCAGCUUUCCGUGCAGGCCGCCGACUUUUCGAUUCUCGCCAUUGCUGUUGUUACCCUUCUCACGGUGACGCGAAUGAUGUACGUACCGGAUCUGUCAACUAGCAGAAAAUUUAUGAUCUGCCUGGCCAUCUGGAUUGUUCCCGUCAUAACGAGCAUCGUGGCUACUGCUAUGGGGCAGAUGGUGCCAGUGGGUGGAAAUUGGUGCUGGAUCUCUGCUGAUCGCUCGGAUCUUCGCUAUGCCCUGACUCAUGGUUGGCGCUUCUUGGUCAUCUUCUCGACAAUCGCCAUCUAUAUCUACAUAUGGAUUUACUUACGGCGUCAUUUAUGGUCGAAGCGUGGCCAUCACCAUUCCUCAAGCUACGGUUUGCCCACGACAAAAUCCACCUACUGUGCUGUGGAGGGUGAUGAAUCCGAACUCAGGGAGUUGGAGCCGACAUUUCCGAAAGAUGGACCAUCCCAGCUGUCAGGGAGCACAUUUACAGCAAGUAAUCGUUCAGAUGAUAUGGAUCGGGAUGUGCCAGCCGCCUAUGACAAGGACGAGGGUGACAGCUCCAACGUGGAAACAAGAGUACAAAGCCACGUACUACGCGACAGGGCCGGUUCAAAGUCACAGCAUCACUCUCCGUUUGCUUCUAAAGACUUCCAACACACGACAAAAACUGCUCAUGGUGUCCCCACCAAUGGGCCAACAUCAUAUAACCACGAGAGAAACAUGCUGCAAACCAACGCCAGCGAGUUUCCGAUGCGUCGAGAAGCGAGCGAAGUGGGCCGCGAGAUAAAACGAAUGAUGCUUCUCAAUGCAUACCCUCUCAUGUACGUCUUGUUGUGGAUCCCGGGGCUUGUCAACAGGCUCAUGGAAGCAUCCGGCCACCGGCCGUCACACACGACCAAUUCUGCUCUACAAGUGUCAACUCAGUUUGUAGGAGUCGCAAACGCCUUGACGUAUGGGUUCAACAACCACUUGAGGGAUAGACUGAAAGGGAUGUACUUGACUCCCGCGGUUUCCAAGAUAAGGAGGACAUUUACGAGGUGACGGAAGAUAAUAG